AUGCCUGAAACAGAAGUAUCUCUUGAAAUCUCAGAUGAAUCUCCAGUGUCAAGCCCUCUGCCAAGUUCGAGUGGUAAAGCAAGAAUGAAAAACAAAGAGGCACAGAAAGAUAGAGGAGGCACAUCUAGCACACAAAGAUUCAUAGAAAAGGGUUUGUGGGAAGCUCGCAUCAGAGCUGAAGCAUUCAAAUCAGAAAACCCUUCUGCUUUCUUAGUUUCCAUGAAGCCCUCCUACAUGAAGUUCAAAUUUGUGUGGUUGCCAGCAGAGUUCACCAUGCUAGUGAAGCCAUUUAUUGAGAACUCUGGUGAUGUUUUCAUUCGGGUUUCAAAUGGGAGAGUGAGGACAUGGCGGGCUCAAUUGACUUGUGAUAAUGUUGCUACCAAAAGAUGCAAAUUACAUGUUUUAAUCGAAGUUGUCAUUUUCCACACAAAAGAAGCAGAAACACAGAGCUUAUCACCAGACAUUUUUGAUAAUGAGGAUCAUGAAAAUGAUGAGGAGGGUGAUGAUGAAAGUGAAGAUGAAGAAGAAACUGAAGAUGAGGAGGAGGAGGAGGAAGAUGACGAUUCUAGUGAAACACUUAGCUGUGUUCCACUAGGCUCCAGAACAGUAUCUUCAAGGCUUCACAAGAGAAGGAGAAACUGGACAAGUUCUAUUGCUAAAUCACAAAGCAACAUAAAAAGUGGUGGUGGCUUGUCUAGAGCUGAAAGGACCCUAAAUGCUAUAGCUCUAGGGAAAGCUAAUGCUUUCAAAUCUGAGUCUGCCAGCCCUUCUUUUGUGGUUUCAUUGGGUUCCUCAUACGCCGGUGGAAGUUAUGUGAAUUUUCCAUGCAGUUUUUCUGAGAAAUAUAUUACUGAACGGCGCCCUAAUCACAUCAUCCUUUGGGUUGAGUCUGUUGAGAAGAGCUUUUGGAUCAAUGUCAAUUAUAUUGGGAGGACAACCAGAUUACAAGCUGGUUGGUCUGAAUUUGCGCGAGUCAAUAAUCUGAAAAUGGGCGAUGUUUGUGUCUUUGUGUUGACCAAUACCAAAACUUUUGAAUUUGACGUUGAAAUUUUCCACUUAACAGAUGUUUGCACCUCAUCACAGGGGAAAAGAAAGCAGCUGAGGACUGAUUCAACACACAGGAAACAGAAGUCUAGAAAGAAUCAGUGAUAGAAUGGUGUAUUCUCAGUCGGGAGAUUGGAAUGUAUAGCUUCCAUAUAUGAUGCUUCUAUGAAAUUUUAUAUUAUAGUUUUCAACUACCAUUUGAAGAAUGUACGUA